AUGUCUGUCAGCCCGCCAUCCAGUGUGCGGGGCAGUCCAAUUCGCCCCCUGAGAUCACGACGGGGAUGCAAAACUUGCAAAUCUCGACGGGUCAAAUGCGGAGAAGAAAAGCCGACCUGUGCCCGGUGCACCAAGACUGGUCGUAAGUGCGAGUACGAAGGCACCACAUUCGGCACAUUUUCCUCCGCGCCUGCCACCGACUCUAUCCUCGACAACCCUCUUUCAUCAUCCCCAAAUACCGUGUGGCGAGAACGCCGCGCGUUUGCCUACUACUUCCAACACACCGCUCUGUUCGUCGGGGGUGGGUUGGAAACUGACUUCUGGAGUACCAUCGUCCCACAAGUCUCCCGGAGUGAACCAGCCGUGUGGGAUGCCAUCAUCUCCCUGAGUGCCUUGUUUGAGAGCCCUGAACCAUGUCCGGAUAUUGCCUUUCUACGCCAGAAAGAUCUCCGCAUUCUCAAUCAAAACCACCGGGAUGCGUUAGGCUGGUAUUCACGCUCCGUGUCUUCCGUUCGUCAGCGACUGGAUCGCGGUGACGGAGACAUUUUUGUCGGACUGGUAAUCUGUGUACUAUUCAUGUGCAUUGAAGGCCUUCAGGGGGGCGUUGAACAGGCAACGCGGCUUUAUACUCACGGGGUGCAACUCAUUCUCACACUCCGUGCCCAAAUCGCCUCCGGGGCGGUAGACUCCUCCAAAGCUGUAUUGUUGGAGAAUAAUAUCGUCCCGAUCUUUGUCCGUCUGGGAGCAAUUGCGCUGAAUUUUUCUGCAGUGCCUGUGGGUGCUUUGCUAUCCGACAGUGAACAUGCCUUGACACAAGGGUUCGCCUCCCUCAGAUCCGCUCGCGAAGGCAUCUCUAUCUUGGCCGCAGAGGCUCAGCUCUUUCAACGCACUUGCCUUGGGCAUCUAGUGAUGUUUCAUCCCUCUGAAUUACCCUACGAGAUUCUGACCCAACAAGCGACCCUGCUAGCCAGGCUAAAGGUCUGGCACGCGGCGUUUACCGACUUGAUGGAAUCCUUGCGCCGAAAAGAUGCUUUAUCACCGCAGCAAAUCGGCACUGGCGCUCUUCUCCUUACUCAUCACGAAAUGCUAUUCAUCAUGGUUGCAACUUCCACAUCGUUAUUAGAGACGACGACCGACGCCUAUUUACCACAAUUCCAGAAUAUCAUUGAGCAGGCUGGCGUCGCUCUAGAUGCUUCGGCUCGAUCAGACGGCUCCCAACCGCCGCUUACCAUUGAACUCAGCGUUGCCAUGCCACUUUGGUUCACCAGCCUCAGGUGCCGAGAGCCCCGGCUCCGACGCAUGGCGCUGACUCUGACAGGCCGGGCGCCUCCGGUGCAGGGGUUCUACAAAUGCGCUACGGGAGUAAGGUUGCUCGAAACGCUCAUUGCAGUAGAAGACAUGUACGGGAUGAAAAGGAAGACAGCUCAAGGAACGACCGGUUCUAUAAUGCCGGAAUCGACGGAUGAGCUCAACGGAUCUAAUCGCCCAGACAGCAGUAGCGACAUAUUCCGGUUUGAUCUUGAAAGCCAUCCCGCCACUCCCGAUCUGGACUACGCCUCGAGUCCAUAUUCAGUGGGCUCAGAAAUGAAACCCGGAACAACCGGAGGUCUCAUCCCGGAAGAGGCACGCAUCAAACCCAUCAAUAUCUUCCGGGUCCAAGACGGCUUUCCGCCAGGUACAGCGGAGGAAGAUAUUGCAAAGUGGAGCCCAUACCGUGAGCAAAGCUUUAUGCACUUCUUGCGGAACGAGCGGGACCCUAUCAGCGGUACAUGGCAUCUAGUCCACGGAUUCACCCCCAUCGAUUACUAG